AUGCGGGUACUUCGCAGCGGCCAUGCCGCCGUCUCAACCAUACUUGGUAUUCUUCUUUACACCCACGCAAGCGCUUCUCAUCACUCGGAUGGCAUCUUACCCUAUGGGAACGGAAAUGCGCCCGACGUCAUUCGUCUGGACGUGAGAGGGCAAGGGUCUCGAGAGGCGCCGAGAGUUACCGACCUAGACCCGAAUGAACUCGACAACCUGACUGCCACAGUUGAUCAGAGUUCCGGACUUGAUCGCAGAGCUGCUAAAGACUUUUAUCUAAGAGUGAUGCCACUUGGUGCUUCCAUUACCCAAGGCUACAAGUCUAGUGACGGCAACGGCUAUCGUAAAUGGCUUCGGGCUCAGCUCCGUUUCAGUGGCUGGAAGGUCAACAUGGUUGGGUCAGAGAGAGAUGGUACUAUGGCAGACUCGGACAACGAGGGCCAUCCUGGUUGGACCAUUGAGUCCGUCCAUGGCGCAUGGACUGAGAGCAAGUGGAUGAAGCCAAACCUGGUCCUUAUCAACGCUGGAUUGAACGACUGCAACUCGGGAGGCGACCCCAGCAAAGCCGGCGAACGAACGAAAAGCCUGGUAGACGACAUCUUUAACAGCGUACCUGGCGUGACAGUAAUCCUAUCAACGCUCCUCCUAAACAAAGACUCGUCAAGGAAUGCUUGCAGCGACAAUAUUAGCAAGCAAAUCAGAAGUGUCGCAGCUGGCUACAAAGGAGCUCGCAUCGCCCUCGCCGACGUACGAAGCGUCAUGUCUAUGGACGACAUUGGACCUGACAAAGAUCAUCCCACUGACGAUGGCUACAAGAUGUUUGCUGGUGUCUGGUGGGACGCCAUCAGCAAGAUCGAAGACCAGAUCCAGGCACCAGCAAAAGUUGACAAGAUCGACGAUGCAGCCAGUGGCCAGAGCAACCAGUGCAAGAAGGUUGCUGGCAACGCGGGGCUACCUGGUCAAUCUCAGAUGGGCAGCGGUCAUGAUGAUGGUAACUACGCUCACAAGAGCACUUCGAAGGGUGUUAUUGAGAGCGCAAAGAUCGACAAGGGGAGUGAUCCAAAGUCCAUUACUGACGCGAUCCCCUGGCAUAUCUUCUUCGCGAACAUUGUCAAGGGUGACCCGAAUGCAGAACGAUCGGCUUCUCUUGAUGAUUGGAUCCGUGUCUACCAUAACACCAAAGACAAGAAUGCGUACUGGUUUCGACAAAACUUGGGAGGAGGCAAGUUUGAUAAGUCGGUUCAGUUCAACGUUGACAUGGACUGUGAUCUGGGCCCUCGUUACUCAUUCGCCGAUUUUAACAACGACGGUUUGGACGACUUCUUCUGCAUCAAGGAGAACGCUGUAUGGGUUUCGCUUAACCGAGGCGGAAACCCUCCCAAGUUCGAGAGCAUUGGGCAGGUCAUUGGCGAUUUCGGUGGUCUUAAAGCCACCGAUGUACGCAUCGCAGAUAUCGAUGGGGACGGAAGAGCAGACUUUUGCUUGCUCAAAUCUGCAGGCGAGAUUGCGUGCUCUCGGAAUGGUGGCUGGGGCGACAAGCCUCAAUGGCAAGGGUUCAGUACAGCCAAUGGCAUCCGUGGCACUGUCUUCAACAUUGGCCAACCCGACAAGGCCGGCAUAAUUAUUAGCAAGUCUUCCGACCUCAACGGAGAUUUCCGGAGCGAUGUCAUGUAUAUCGGUGAUCAUGGUCAAGUCAGUACAUGGAUCAACAAUAGGGGCACUGGCAGCGGCAUAGUGCCAAAUUGGAGAUCUGCGGGCCAAACCCAUGCUGGUCAAGCCGUAACUGGUAUCCAAGACAGCAUCAAGUUCGGACGUAUCUACGGCUCCAACCGUUUGGACUACAUCUUCCUCAAAGAGGAAAAGGAGUACUACGACGUUGUUGUCUGGCAGAACCAAGGCGCCGGUGGAACCAAGCUCAAGGCUGAUGGCAACUACUACUGCGACAUGCGUGGUUCUGGCAGCGAUGAUUAUGUCUGGAUCUACCAAGACGGUCAUGCCGCUGAGAUCAAUGCCAACAUCCACUCACCGCCUGCAUGGGGACAUAACACCAAGAUUGAACUCACGGUUCCUGGGCCACGAAACGGUAUCCACUUGGCUGACUGGACUGGUGAUGGGAGAUGCGAUGUGAUUGUGCAGAACAAGGCAACCGGACAUUUGACGGUCUACAAGAAUCAGUACGACAAGGGAGCUGACCGCAUUUCGUUUGACAGUGGUACAGCCGUUGGUGCGACGGACUGUAACCAAGGCUGGGGCGUUGGUAUUUUCGAUCUGGGAAUGAGAUUCCAUGACAUUGACGGUGAUGGUCGGGCUGAUGCCCUGUGCAUCGAGAAGAAUGGUCGUAUCACUGGUUGGCUCAAUAAAGCCAACGGCUUGGAAAACGUCGGCCAGAUUAAGUUUUCUGAAGGAUGGGACCGCGCCAACAUACGAUUUGCGGACGUCGAAGCGUCUGGACGAGCUGACCUUCUUCAUGUUGAUAAGUACACGGGCGCCGUUGAUGUCUUUACAAACAAUGGGCACAAGGCUCAAGGGGGCAGCUCAUUUUCUUGGACAAAUCGUGGCAUGCUUUACAACCCUAUUGACAGAGGCGAAAACAUGCACUUUACGAACCAAGGUGGUCAAGGUCGCGCGGAUCUAGUCAAGGUUGAUCCUCAAACGAACAAGGCUUGGACAUACUGGAACCGGUGUAGCUCAACUGGUGGAGAUGACAGUCCCCCGACAACGGACCCUAGGCUGCCCAAGACAGGCGGCGGAUCCGUAGGCGACGACAUUCCAAUUAUUGACCUUCCCGGUAAAGGCGAAGAUCACAGCGGCGAGGUUUGCAGCUAUAAGUUCCAGACUGACGAUAUCGACGUGGUUCACAAGACCUGGAAAGACAGCGGUGCAGCUGACUGGUGGAAGAAGUGGAUUCACGACAACGGAGCUAAAGACUGGUCGGAUAAGUUCUUCCAGCAAGUCAUAGCCGAUGGUGAGCAAGGCGGUUCGACUUUUGAUUGCACCGCCUUGAGCUCAUCAAACUGUCCCGGGCCGGCCGCCAAAUCGUGCAAGACAUAUACCCCACCUCAGGCGUUCUACAUGCACCUCCAGAUCGGCAAUCUCUUUGACGGGUUCAACGCGUUCUGGAUGGAGACUGUAGAAGAUGCCAUCGGGCAACUCUCCUCUGGCAUCAAGGCAAUCGUCAGCGAAUACGGCACUCCACCGCAGGAAGAGAACAGCGACUUUCUCAACAUGCUCAUUGGUAUCCUGACUUCAUUAGCAGGCUUUGGUGCCGCUAAGCCCCUCUUGACCGGCACGAUGACUUCGUUUGCUGGUAUCUUUACAGCUAUGGGAGCAGGUACGAGCUGGGAAGAGACAGUGUCGCCAGAAACACUGAAUGACAAGCUUGAGAUAGCUUAUGGUAACAUGUUCAACAAUGUCAUGAACUCUACCAAGGGGUUUGUGGGGCAUAUCUUCGGUGGUGUGCCCCCCAAAGGAUGGAGCGAUGAUAAGAUGACGGAGUAUGUGUAUGACUUCUUCAAGGACGCCGACUGGUUGAGUAAGGACAUUACGAAACCCGCGAUGAAGACAUAUAUCGAACAGGUGCACAGCAAAUGGAAUGAGUUCGCGGUUGUCAAGGCCAUGAAGUCUAGAAACAAGGCUAAUUACAAUCUCAUGGUCAGUGACGAAGACACUAAAUGUUCGAAGGUAACUAAUCGUAGAACUUACUCUUUCAAUCCAUGGCUAACAUUCACAUUGCAUCACGGCGGCGUUGGUUCGAUCUCUACUCAAGUAGAUAUGUCUGAGCAAGUUUGCAACGAUCACAUGGAAGGUUGUAUCUGGCAUGACAAGCGCUGUAUUUGCUUCGGUUGGGAACCCAACGGCGUUGGAAGUAUCAGCGGGGUAUUCAAUUUCAAAGGCGACGACCUCAAGACGCUCAAGAGCUAUAUUUUCGACUUUGAAGCAGCUCUCAAGAACAACUACGAUUGCGAAUGCACCAUCAAGGAUGCGACUGUUCCUGAUCAUGACGAUUUGGACAUUGACAAUCCUAUUCAGUACACGAAGUGUUGGUUCAACUUGCCGCCAGCGAAGGGCCAUGAUUAUCUUUGUGGUUGGACUGAAGAUUGA